GAUAUUUCCGAGCAGCAGAGUUGAGAUAAGCAAACAAGAACAAAUAAAAAAGACGGCAGCAAUCGCGCCCACUCCCACCUUUUCCUACCCGCAGGACUCCAUCCCAAAACGGGCAAACAGCUGCUCUCGACGCCAGAAGAAACAAACAGUAGCAACCAUGGCCGCACCACAGCCCUCAUACACCAAGGUGGCGCACUCGGCCACCUACGCGGCCAUCGACCCGACCCGACCCGCGCUCUCGUCCGCCGGCAAGGUCGUGGUGAUCACGGGCGCCACGGGCGGCAUCGGACGCGCGACGGCCCUGUCGUUCGCCGCCUCGGGCCCCAAGGCCCUCGUGCUGCUCGGCCGCCGCCAGGACGCCCUGGCCGAGGUCGCGGGUCUCGUCCGCUCCAAGCACGGCUCGGUGGCGGUCGAGACGCACCCCGUGGACCUGGUCGACAGCAGCACGCUGCGCCGCGUCCUGGCCGGCGUCGCGGCCUCGCAUGGCUGCAUCAACGUCGUGGUCCACGCGGCCGGCGUGCUGGCGCCCGUGGUGCCGCUGAUGGACGCCGACCCGGCCACGUUCAUGGACGGCUACAAGACGACGGUGGUCGGCACGCUGUGUCUGGCGCAGGCGCUGGUGCUGGCCAACGGGGAGAAGGAGGCGACCCUGGUCAACCUCACCACAGCCGGAAUUCUGUUCCCGCCCUUCCCUGGCAUGGGCGCCUACGUCAGCUCCAAAAUGGCCGCUGUCAAGCUGCUGCAGUCCUUUGGCGCCGAAAACCGUUCCGUCCACAUCGUCCACGUACACCCGGGAUUUCUGGACACUGCCAUGUCCACCCAGCUGGCCAAAACUACCAAGCUGCCGUUUGGCUUCGACGACAUCUCCCUCCCCGCCGAUUUCCUGGUCUGGGUUGUGUCACCAGAGGCCAAGUUCCUCAACGGCAAGCUCGUCUUCUCUGCCUGGGACGUCGACGAGCUCAAGAGUCGCGAGAAGGAGAUUGUCGGCACCUCGCCCUUCACCAGCGAGCUGUGGCUGAGCUUCUCGGGAUUCCCGCGUUACGUCGGCGGCCAUGCUCUUGGAGGUCACUAGAAGUACAAGUUAGUGUUAUGGGAAGCUGAGGCCGGGCUCCAGGCGAUGGUAGGAAAAAUGUUUACGGUCUACUUGCUAUUGUUUUUGCUUCGAGUUAUAACUUAACAGGACAUGGAACUAUGCCAGUACGUAGCUUAGAAUGCUAGAAUCACAGAACUAGUCUAUUCGUGG